AUGGCGGCAAUCGGUUCUCAGGGGCUAGAAAUUCUAGCUCCCAGCGACUACUCAAACAAGAAGGGAACCGCCGAGAUAGACAUCAUUGCGGUGCCCGGUCUCGGCGCAAGUCCUUCCAAAAGCUUCGGCUCUGAGACACCACGGGGCUUCAACUGGCUCACGGAUGAGCGGGAAGGUAUCCGCUCCGACAUCCCCAAGUCACGGGACGGCCGCUACGAAAUCGUGCGCCAUCACCUGAAGGACAUGGUCAAGGACGCGCACAAGAUCGUCAGGGCCAGGCUCAAGGCGUCCCGCCAGUCGGCCGUCGACGACGCCACCUUUUCCCGCAUCUCCCAGAGCCUGAACUUGGUCGGGUUCCAACGCCAGCUGCAGAGCGUCAAGGCCCUGAGCGGCGACUCCGGCUGGAUUCUGAAAGAAGACAAAUACCUGGGCUGGUCCACGCAGGUCAGCGAUGGUACCCGCGCUCCGGAAGCACCAUGUUUGUGGGUAUCCGGGGACGAGGGCCUGGGCAAGUCCAAGGCGGCCGCGGAGGUGAUCCAGCAACUGCAGAAGCGGGAGGCUGAGAAUGACGUGGGGGGCUCGAGGAAUGUCAUGGUGGCCUACUUCUUCUGCGAUGCCACCCCUGACUGCAGCAAGGCCCGAGAACGUGCUCAAGUCGCUCAUGACUCCAAGCUCCUAAAGGGAAGCGGCCAGGGGGCUGAGGAGCAGUUUGGGAUGUCGAGGCUAUGGAAAGGUCUGGCUGACAUGCUUCGCGAUCCCUCGGUGCACGAUGUGUAUUUGGUGGUCAACAAUCUGCACUACCUCUCUCCCGACCUUGAAAGCACCCAUGAGUUCCUGCGCAACAUCUCAGAGACGCUGGCGACCGCGGAGGGAACGGAUGACCCGAUCCGCGAAAAGGUGCGCUGGAUGUUCCUUAGUCGAGACCGCGCAUACUUGAGGGACCCUCUGCUGGUCGACGGUGGCCCGACACUGUGGAUCAACUUGAACGGCUCGUCCAUGAGCUCCGUCCGCCGCGAGCAGAUACGGUCCUUCACACGCGGCAGGGUCAAGGAGCUCGCCGACAGCAAGGGGUAUAGCCUAGCCCUGCAGUACUUUGUUUUCAGCAGCCUCGAGAAGAGAUCCGAGAGCAACAGCAUAUGGGUGGAGGUGGUAUGCCGGUUGUUGCAGGGUAUCCCGCCGGAUUUCAGCGUGGUGCGCAAGUUGUUGGAAUCCCUGCCCCAGGACCCUCUGGUUCUGAUUAACCGCACGUGGGCUCAGGAGCUGAAAGAGGACAAAGAAGACAUCGAGAAUACCAAGGAGAUCCUGCGUACCCUUGCCAUCACCUUUGAAGAGCCGACGACAUACGAACUUUCCGUCCUCGCAGGGCUGGAUCUCGAUCCCGACGACGGCGAGUUCGGCGACAAGGUGCUAGCCAAGAUCCGUGCCUGUGGGCCACUUCUCCGAACGUACGAUACCGAGUCGUGGGAAGAGAGCGGCUAUCAGUUUUCGACCAGAGUCGCCUUCAUCCACCCCAUGGCCAGGGAUGCUCUGCUUACUCAUGACAUGAAGAAGCUGAUAGGCCUUGCCGGCGAUGACGAAGCUAGCGAGACCGAAGUCCGCUGGCAACAUGGCAUUAUCGGCCUUCGGUGCUUCACAUAUAUGCUCGGCAGGCUCGGGUUGCCAGGCGAUGACUCGAGUCUCACGCUCCAGAGAACAGCGCUGUCAGCCGAAGACCAAGCAGACGCCGAGCUCGACGACCUUUUCCCUGAAGACGAGGAUAGCGAAACUACCGCGGUUGAUGACGAGGAGGAGCUGGAUGUCCUCGCAUACCCCCUCAAGUAUUGGUUGCAGCACGGCUACAGCGCAACGCCAGACUUUGUCGAGACCCUCGACACCAAUCACGGAUUCUGGUCCCUGGACUCUGCUGUCCGCCAGAAAUGGUGGGGUGAAUACGCGAGGAAGGAGGACUAUGUAGACCACAGAGACAUGACAGCCCUCCACAUCGCGGCCUACUUCGGCUUGCUUCCUCUCGUCGACUCGCUUCUGAAGAGCGGACACGCCCACGAAAUGCAUGCCCACGACACGUGGGCAAACCAGCCCCUUCACUGGGCCGCCGACCGGGGCCAUGUCCAUGUCUGCGAGAGGCUGCUGCAGGAGGGGGCCGAUAUUGACGACGGCAUCGCCACGGGCGACUGGACGCCGCUGCAUAUGGCUGCCUCUUCCGGGCAAGCCGAGGUCAUCACUCACCUCCUGAGCGCCCACCAGCGCCGCCCCGCACAAAUCAACGCCAUUGCAAAGGAGGUGGGAACGGCGUUGACGUUGGCCAUCUUGGGGCGGCAGUACAAGGCAGCCGAGACAUUGCUAGCAUACGGUGCCGACGCCACGCUAGCAGCGGAUGAUUCGGAGCCUCCCAUUGCCGCCGCCGCCCUCCGCGGUGCUGAGAAUCUGCUAGGCAAGCUCCUGGAGGCCGGUGGUGGCGCAAACCUUGCCUCGCACGAGUACGGCAGCGCCCUGGCUGCCGCGGCCUCGGCGGGAAAUCCCAAUAUCGCCCAGACCUUGCUCUCGCUUGACCAGGACCCUGCCUCGCAUCAGCGCGCCCUUGAGGAGGCAGCAUCUGCUGGGUUUCAUAGCGUUGUCGUCGUCAUUCUUCGCGGUUCCGGGGGUUUGCCUUGUGGCAGGGCACUGGAGUUAGCUGCCUACGCGGGACAUGACGCCGUUGUGACCGAGCUCUGGGCUUACCACCAAUACUACAACGUAAUCCACCAAGAGGCUAUCAACAACGCGUUGUGCAUGGCCACCGAUAUGCAGCGGGAAGCCACCGUCGACUUCCUCACGCGGUCCUGCGGAGCCGACCCCAACGCCACCAGCGAGGAGUACGGCAACGCCCUGACGGCCUCCGCCUUCGACGGCACCAUGUCCAUUCUCCAGAUGCUCCUAGCGCGGGGAGCCAGAGUGGACGCGCCCGAGGGCUAUCCCCUGCAAGCCGCCGCGCUUAACGGGCACGCCGAGAUCGCAACGCUCCUCCUCGACCACGGCGCGCACCCCAACGCCUUCAGCACCAAGAUUGAGGCGGGCACCGCUCUCCAAGCGGCCUGCACCGCGGGCAACACCGACGUGGCCAAGAUCCUGCUCGCCCGCGGCGCAGACCCCCGAUACGGCGCCGGCGACUUUACCAACCCCCUAAUCGCAGCAACCAGCAACGGCUACGGCGACGCCGUCGAACUGCUCCUCCAACACGACGCCGACCCCAACGCCCCUGGCGGCACCGACGGCAGCACCCCGCUCAUCAACGCGGCCUGCACCCUCCCCGCCAAACACCUCGACCUGCUCAUCCGCUACGGCGCGCACGUCGACCAACCCGACCCCGACCAAGACACGCCCCUCAUCAUGUCCGCCCUCGUCGGCGACGACGCCUGCGUCGAGACCCUCCUCAACCACGGCGCGCACGUCAACCUCGGCGGCGCCCACCACGGCACACCCCUCCACGCCGCCGCCUCCAACGGCCACGCCGCCACCUGCCGACUGCUCCUCCGGCGCGGCGCCGACCCCCGCCUGCGCGGCGGGCCCUACCACACCGUGCUCCAAGCGGCGGCGGCCUCGGGCGACUCCGACACCGUCAAGGCCAUCCUCGAAGCCCGCCACGGCAGCAGCAGCAGCGACGACGUCAACGCCCAGGGCGGCCUGCACACCACGGCCCUCCACGCCGCUGCCGCCCACCACGACGACGGCGGCCUGCGCCAGAUCCUCGCGCUGAACCCGGACCUGGAUGUCAUCGCCGCCAACACCACCCCCACCAACACAACCAACCCCAACACCCCCAACAAGGGUACCGACACCGACACCGACACGGGAACAGGAACGCCCCUCCAAACAGCGAUCCUCUCCCGCUGCGACCGCAACGCUCGCCUGCUGCUCGAGGCCGGCGCCGACCCCAACCUUGUGGCGGGGAAGUAUGGCACGGCGUUGCAGGUGGCGGCGUUGCGGGGGAGUGGGGCGUUGUGUACGCUGUUGAUUGAGAAGGGGGCAACGGUUACUGCCCGGGCUGGUGGUGAGGACGGGGAGAGGGAAGGGAAGGGGAAGGAAGGGAGAUCUGGCGACGGUCAGCAGUUCCAGCGCGGAGGCGGUACCGACCUAGCUUACCGUCCGGCAACUACCAGGGGAGGUGGCGGGGGAGGCGGCGGGGGAGAGGGCUGGCAGCAGCAGCCUAGUCAGUCGUUUUUCAGCACGGGAGCCGGAGUUCUUGGGCCGGUGAUGGUGGUGGUGGACAAGUCACCAGCCCCGGAACCAGGAGGUAUCGCUGGCAGUGGUGGUAAAAUGAACCCCUACCUCCUCACUAAACAGGCGAUGCUAAUCGUAGAUGCAGGUGACAACGCCGCGAUGGAGGGCCAGUACAACACUGCGUCGCCGGGUGGUGCAGGCUACGUAGACCAGAGCCGAGGCUUGGGUUGGGAUGGAGGCCAGAAUACAUUUGAAGAUGGGGGCGCGGCGAACGAGCAAGGGCAUUUUGGCGCCAGAGGCUGGGACCAGGGCCAGCAGCCCGAAAGCGAGUAUUACGAGGGGGUGCCUACCAGUCGUGGUUUACCCCAAGAGCAGCAAGACGGUGAUGCGGAGGCCGUUGAUAUAGAGGGCGGAGGAAGAUGA